GCCUCGCGCCACCCACACUGCAAUGGAAAAUCCAAUUCUCUCUCGGCGCUGCAGUCGCCCCUCCUCGGCGUAGAGUAGCACACACCAGCGCACGUCGCUCUCGGCUCUAGUGUUUGCGCCCCCGGGUCACACUACCCGAAAAAACUCGAUCUCGGCUCCGCUGGGUAGUCGUCGCCGUCUCUCGUGUAGCCCAUCAACACCUUCGCCCAGGAACGACCCAAUCGACAUCUUCAAGCGAGACCAGACCUGCUGCCCGAGACGUCUUCUCUCCGUCAUGCGUACGUGAUCGACACGACUCCUCUCUCUCUCUCUCUCACUGCACAUACCUUCCGUCUCUGUCUUUCGCGAGUGAGAAAGAGAGAGAGAAAGAGAGCAAGAGCCUCUCCCGCGAGCGUGUAAAUAAAUAAGUAAAUAAAUAUACUUAUACCGAUGGCCAUCCGAUAGUCCAGGAUGAGGCUCGACACGGAGCAAGACAGCGGCGCCCCGGGAGUACUCGCCGUACCUGGGUGGUUGCUUUAUAUGUCAGCACCAGAGAAAAUCAGCAUGUUCUGAGAGAUUUUCAAUUUAAAAAUAUCAAGGGACCAUGCAAAGGAUGAAUUCUCUUUUGACUCUUAGUCGAAAGGUUGUCAAAAGUGGAGUGUUUUUGAGGUUUUGAACAGGUUGUCUUCUCAGGUUCAAUACGUGUUCAAUACGUGUGUUAGCCAUAUGCCUCCAGCUGGGCUAUCAGCGAGAGGCUUGCCUAUCUUGAUGGACCCUGGACAACCAGAUGCUCGUCUUCGGAGCGAGCGCUUACUAUUAUAUUCAGAGAAUGGCUCGACACAGUCAAACUCUUCCAAUGCAGGCAAUUUCUCGCCAAGGUACCAGCACACAAGCAGAACAAACAAUCAGUCCACUGGUGGACAAAACUACUGCUACACGAGAACGUCGAGCAACAUGUCGGACAGCAGCGUGUCCGACACUCACAGUGGCGGUACCGCACGAACGUUAUCGCAGCAGACUAGUCCCUCACAUGGAACGCUUUCAUCACAGUCGAGGCACGACAGUUCGACACUCUUCACCGCGCUCUACGACUAUGUUGCUCAGGGCGAGGACGAGCUGUCGUUGCAGAGAGGAGAAACUGUGGAGGUGUUGUCGAAAGAUUCAAAAAUAUCGGGGGAUGAAGGCUGGUGGACGGGUAAGAUCAGAGGUAAAGUGGGCAUUUUUCCGGCAAAUUUCGUUGCCGAGGCGGAAACGAUCGACAGGGUAUCAUCGGUGAUAGAGCAGGUACAGCCAGUCGAGAUCGACUUUGAAGAACUGACUCUUGAGGAGGUCAUUGGUGUGGGUGGAUUUGGUAAAGUCUAUCGAGGUUUCUGGAACAAAAAGGAAGUAGCAGUGAAGGCGGCGCGACAGGAUCCAGACGAGGAGCCGAGCGCGACGCUGCAAAAUGUGCGCCAGGAGGCAAAGCUCUUCUGGCUGUUGAAGCAUGAAAAUAUCGUGCAGCUGGAAGGUGUCUGUCUAAAGAUGCCGAACAUGUGCCUGGUAAUGGAAUACGCUAGAGGUGGUAGCCUCAACAGGGUACUCAGUGGUCGCAAAAUUAGGCCUGAUGUUCUUGUUGAUUGGGCCAUUCAAAUUGCCCGUGGCAUGGACUACCUGCACAAUAAAGCACCCAUCAGUUUGAUACAUAGGGAUCUCAAGAGCUCUAAUGUGUUGCUGAGCGAACCGAUCGAAAACGACGAUUUUCAGUACAAAACUUUGAAAAUCACGGACUUUGGUCUGGCGAGAGAAGUGUACAAAACGACUCGUAUGUCAGCCGCCGGAACCUACGCCUGGAUGGCACCAGAAGUCAUUAAAAAGAGUACAUUCAGCAAGGCCAGUGACGUUUGGAGUUACGGAGUUCUCCUGUGGGAACUGUUGACUGGGGAAACGCCAUACAAGGGGAUUGACGCGUUGGCCGUAGCGUACGGCGUAGCUGUAAACAAAUUAACAUUACCGAUUCCAUCGACUUGCCCUCAACCAUGGAGAUGCCUCAUGGAAGCAUGUUGGCUUUCCGAUAGUCAUCAAAGGCCAGGUUUCGCAGAGAUUCUCGUCGCCUUAGAUGAAGUGAGAAGCGCAUUUGCGGCGACACCUCAUGAAUCUUUUCACACGAUGCAGGAGGACUGGAGACUGGAAAUCGAACAAGUACUUCACGGAUUGCGCAUGAAAGAGAAGGCAUGCCGAUCACUCGAAGAGGAACUGCGCUGUAGAGAAGAAGAACUGUCGAAGGCCCAAGUGCAGCAGAGGCAGGUUGAGGAAAGUCUGCGGCAACGUGAGAAGGAGUUGGCAGCAAGGGAAAUAGAUCUUCUUGAACGCGAACUUGCUGUUAUGAUAACCCAGCAACAAAGCAACACACCUACACCUAACGCAAGGCGCGGGAAGUUCAAGAAGUCAAAACUUAGGUCGAAUAAACUUGGCAAUAAAAUCAGUGCGCCUUCAGAUUUUAGGCAUACGAUAACUGUACAGAACACUGCCCCUGAUCGAGUGAAGAGUCGAAAUCCCUCGCGGUCCAACAGCCCGCCUAACUCGCCGAGCAUUCCACGUCUGCGAGCGAUAGCCUUACCGGCUGACGGCGUUAAGGGUAAGACCUGGGGCCCCUCGACACUCCAUCAGCGUGAGCGCGGCGCCAUUAUCUCGUCCGCCUGCUCGCCGAGCUCGCCCGCGGUUUGUCCGGGCAUCGGUAGCGCCAACGCCACCGUCGUCGACGGCAAGCGCUGGUCGCGCUCCGCGCCCGAUCUCGAAAAGGCGCCGCUCCGGACGGCCCUACUGGUCGCGGCCGCGGCCAGCACAGCAGCCGGACAGCACCCUCACCAUCAUCAGCAGCAGCACUGCACGCCACUGCUCCAGGAAAUAGAUUACACGUUGUUGGCGAGUGACCAAUUGACGGGCGGUGGCGGUGGCAGCGUCAACAUUGCAGACUGGGCGUCAACCACAACUUCAAGUAACAACAGUGCCUCGCUCACUUCCCAAGUGGAUUAUCCUGUUAAGCCGGGCCUGACAGGGACCUACAUCAUGCAGAUGCCAAUGCAAAUGCCCACGCUAUACAACGGUGACGUGAAAAAGCCAAAGCUGAGCAUAAUCGAGCUGGUCAUCUGCAACAUCGGCGCGAUGCUGGCCAGCAUAACAAUGGAUUUUGAUGUGCGACAGUCGAAUGUCUCACAGAUUCAUCCACGACUUCAACCGCCUAGAAUAGCCCAAUUUCAUGAGGAUGAGCCUACCAGAUGGUGGAUGAUGCAAGGAGCUGGUGGUACCGGGGACUCUGGAUCCAACAGGAAUUCGGGAUACCUAGGACCUGAAUACGAAUUUAGCUCUAGCAGUGGCUACGCGCACAAUACCUAUCACGGACCGGCGAGGCAUUACAGGCCGUUUCUCAGCAGUAUGGGCGGCAUUCCGUCGGUGUUACCAGCCUCGGGUCUUCUGGUGGAUAAGCCUUUGCGUUUCACGGAUUCACCGCAACACAUUGCAUCCGUCGUUGGCGGCGGUGGUUCCAACGUACCGACACCUUCGCCCAGGCGUAAGAACUCAGUGACAAGCAACAGCGAGGAUGCCUACUCGCCCGAGAUGCCCAGGAUCGAGCGAAUGCCACCGGCUUACAGGGCUCCGUUACCCGAUUUUGGACCACCUGUUUACUCUAUGCUCACCGCCGACGAGUACUUUAGGCCUGUCGAAUCGGCUUACUUACCGCCAGUCGAUUAUCAUGAUCGAAUGCUCGAGUGUACGGAGUUUCCUCACGCCUAUGACAAUCCAAGUAGCGUGAAUAGUCCGGCUCGUGUGGUGAAUCGUUUUCCACCGUACACACACCAUCGAACCUCGUCGAACGUCUCCAGCACCAGCACCUCGUCCCAGAGCAAUAUCAAUCCUACCUUUCGGCUCGAAGACGAAGGAGACUAUUCGUCGCUUUACUCGCCCGGUCAUUCCUUGGGGUAUUAUCGUACACACUCAAACGCAGCUGUGAUGCCCGGCUUAACGGGAAGUUACGGAAGCGGCAGUUUGGUCAAUCACGAUUACGGCAUGCAGUAUCUGACGCGCCAAAAUUCCCAAGAUUCAAAUCCAAAUUCGGCUGACCGACCGAGCAAUCUGGAAGUCGUCUCGAGACUGCGUUCGAGUCUUAAGAGAUCCAACUACGCCUACAGCUCGCCGAAUAAAAGCACCAGUAAAAACAAUUCCGGCUCUGGUACACCAACAAACCCAACGCCCCCGGAUUCGCUAACCUCGGAGGAUUCGAGUUACGUAUCAGCAAAGGACAGUCAGAUUUCGUUGGGCCGAGUGCGCUUUUCCCCGGUAACCUUCGACCGAGAAGUCUUCGUACCUCAUCCCCAGACGCCGGAGAUCACGAGCCCGCUUCAGGGCAGUCGUCGUAUCAGCCGGAAUCGUAAACCCAGCAUCACCGAACUAGAACGCGAGUUCUUAUCAUAGCACUGGCUGAUCUAAGACGAUGUUAUACGCUGAUGACGUGCGAUUCGUCGCGAGAUUUUCUUGCUUCGAGGGGACGUGGAGGUGCGGAGAGUUUAAUGCGCUAUUCACGUUCUAUCGAGCACUCUGCAAACUCACUGCCUUCUGCGAUGGAUUUGAACGCGUCGAAUUAAGCCAUCGCGGACUAGACUCAUUUUAAUCACACGACCCGAAUCCUAGCGAGGAACGCAACGAUUCAUAACAUUCCAGUAUAUAAUGGUUAGUAUAUGCUCCGGAAAAACUUGCUUUAUUGCGAGGAUUUUUAGUUCACAAAGUUAUAUGAGCAUAUUGCCUAGCUCUUAAUGUUUUGAAUAUUGCGACGCGGCAGGCGCAUUAUUCCCAUUGUAAUCAAAGUGAAUUUUAUUGGCAAUCCAAGCGACGACUACGAGCUUUAGGCAUCGAUGGACUGUUUUCUCCCUUUUGCAUCCGUUACAUUCCGAAUCGAGUGAAUUGACUUGUGGUGACGUUUGCUCGCGCACUAUGCCCGAGAGGAACAGACGACAUUCCCCCGUGGAAAGAAUUGCUCUCGAAUCUUGUCGAGAAAUUUUUAUUGCUUCGAAUUCGGACAGAACGCGAACGCGUACUUUUUUUUUAUUGUAAUAUAUUUAAAAUGUGCAUUGUACAGCGAAUAAUUGAAGACGCUGCGAAGUUUAAAAUAUUUAAAUGCGAGCGCGCUUUGGCUUGGUGGAAAAGUAUCAGAUUUGCGAAAUGUUUUUCAAAACCCUAUAUGAUAGAGAUAGAGACUUUGUACAUUGUUUUGCAGGUCCCGCGGUGACUGUUCUUUUGUGUGAAUCGUGCAUGCGCCGAUCAUGUUUUCAUCAAGACGGCGAGUUCUUUCUCAAUCAGUAUUUAGUACAAUCCGGAAGAAAAGUUGAUAUACAAUAUUGAAGUAUGGAUUGCGUGUAUGCUCAUGGUUUUAUUAGUAUAGCUAAGUACUGAGAGCAGUUUGACAGUUAUCACUUUAGUGACGCAUAUAGAAAUCGGUAUUUGUAAAUACACACGUUAUAAAGCGAAGAUCCCGAUUUGAUCGAAGCGUAGAAAUAUCGUCGAGUCCUCACAUUCCUCCAAUUUGCCAUAUACACGUAUUUACGGAAUCCUUAGGUAUAUUUAUGAUUUUGCUUCGUGCAUUUAGAAAACAAUCAAAAUGUAGUCGCACAACGAUGCGUACUUGUUUUUAUUAUUUAACGAAUCAAAAACUUUUUUUACUGAAUACGUUUUAUACUUUUAUCACGACCCUUAGUCUGUGUUUCCGUUACUCAUACUGUAUAGUUGAGCAUGUUUCCCUAGUAUAACGUUUUGCCGAACGUCCAUGUAAUUGUUUGUCUUGAUAACGUUAAACGUUUUCAUCAACUUUUUAAAUUCAGCUCAUUAUAAAUUACACUUUAUUUGUGUCAUAUACCUGAGUUUCAUUUAAUUCUUAUAGCUUACCGACAAAGAAAUGUAUUUGCAGAUUCAAAUCUGGAUUUCUGCUAUCAUCAGUAUUGUAGGCUACAUCGCGAAAUCGCGUGUAUAUAAUAUGAAAGUUAUGACUAUUCUGGAAGCCAGUCAGUCUUUUCAGAGGUUUCAAGCAGUUUUCUUUAUAGAAUGUUUACUUGUGAAUGAUAUUCAAUAAUUUUAAUGAUAUUUAAGAUUUUUAAGAUACUCAGUGGGGAGAAACAAUAAUAUAAUUAUUAUAUAGGAUGCGAUUAAAUGAUUAAAAUUAGAAAUAUACUAUUAUUAGUUUUUAUUUCGAUUAAUUAUAGUGCAAUAAAAAUAUAUGAAAUGAAAAAUUAUUAAUAUUAGAAUACAAACAAUGAUGAAUAUUAUUAUUGCAAUAAAAAUUAAAACAAUUAUAAAAAUUAAUUUAUAAUGAUCUAUAAGUAUUAACAAUUAUAUAUUCAAAUCAAGCAAAUGUUUGAAACUUCUGAAAAAUAUAGAAUUUAUAUUGGCAUAUAUGCAAUUUUUUGUCAUUUUAUAUGAUUAUAUAUCGAUCGCAUUAUUAAGACGAGCGUAUAUACAUCGCAUUUGCGCUUAGGUAAUUGAUUAUUAUACGUGAUAAAGAUCGUACGAAAUACGCGAAUAAAUUGUACGGUUAGUUGACAAAGCUUAUUUGUUAUGAUUUAAUUCGAAAUUAAGUCGAUUAAUUGUAAUUUACUCUCUAAGCCAGCGACUGCGAAAAAAGCUAUCCUCAAUAAAAAAUACUGUCAUGAAAUUCUAAAUUGUUAUACUAAAAAUUCUUUGUUUGUUUGAAAGUCUUGCCUAUAAUUUAACUUCAGAUUAUUUUUCGACAACAAAUGUGAAUACAAUCGAUGCCAAAGACGUAUUUUCUUGUUUGAUAGCUUUUCUCCCGGAUAACAUAAGGAUUGUGUAAUGCGAAUAAUUUUGUAAACGUUCGAGCAGGAUGGAGAAGCGGGUCUGAGACUAAUGGUCUCGACGACUAACUCAUUCGAACUCGUUUCCAAAGCAUAAAGUAAGGAAGGUUUUACAAGACUUGCUUCUCCUGGUCCCUGAUGAAAUGGAAGAGAAACUGCGGUGCUAAUAAACACGUACUUAAAAACGUUGAGUGACGCGAGAGAAUAAGAGAAAUAAAGCAGAAAAAGAGGCGGAGUAAAUAAGAUAAUUUAAAAAAAAAUGCUUCCAAGACGAUUCGUGAAAAGUACUUUUCAUUUUAAUUUGUAGGGUAUGCAUAAUAAAAUUAGAUGCAUAAAUAUAUUAGCAAUUAUAUAACGAAUUGUUGAUAAUAAUAUUAUAUUAUAAUUUUGCGAGUGAAUACUCGGCAGCUGUAAUUAAUUGAUUGAUCGAUUGAUUCCGUGUAAUAUAGCGCGCAGUCGCCAACAGUGCUAGUCUAAGCUAUAUUUAUUUUUUUUUAUUGCAUUGCAAACAACAUACGUUUGAUUAAUAGAUUAAGUGUAACUUUUCAUUAAUUCAGUUCGACGAGUCUUUCAAUUCGUACAUCAUGCAUUUCUUUUAAUUUUUUACAUAAAAUUAUGUAUAAUUAUAUAUACAUGUUAUAUACUUCGCAUUUUAAUACGUUCAACUAAUUAAAUCAUCAACAUAUACGAUAUAACUCGGGUUUUAGUAUGAAGUGUUUACUCUAAAUAUAACAAUUAUUAAUGGAAAAGGUAUACUCAAAUGAUAUGCGCAAAAGAGAUCGACCACCAUCGGGAGUUUUUAUUACAAAAUAAAGUAUAUAUGAUUAUAUAUAAUUUCAAACUUUGACCGUUUACAUUAACGUAUAUAUUUCUAAAUAAAAGAUAAAUAAAAAAUAUCAAUGCGGUGAUUAUUUAUACGUUGGCAUUAUACGUAACGAAGUAUAUUAUGAAUUAUACAAUUGUGCGUAUAUAGUCAGGGCGACGAGAAAAAGAUUAAAUAAAAAAUUAAUAAAGCUGACUCAUAUCAGCCUUGGAUACGCUAAUCACGAUUUGUAAAUCUCGUACAAUACAACACGACCAAGAUGAUUAAUUAUUGCGUUAUUGGAGCCCGAUGAAAAAAUUCGAUAAUUAAGCUACGGUUAAAGGAUUUCUUUUUGUAAAUGCGAUAUACAAAUGCGGUUUAUUGAGUAAUGAAGAGGAUAAGAUGACAUACUUAGCAAGUUAUCGGCAAUAUUAAAUUGUAAAAAAUUUUAAAAAUCGAGAUAAGCCCUGCUAUGUACGUAAGGAAGUUCGGGCUGUUUUUCUUUUAGAUAAAUGCGAUUUUUCAAAUUUAAGAAGCGUUAGCGAUGAAUUUUAUGUUGAUAAUUUCUUAUCAAUUAUGAAGCUAAAUAUAGACUCAAUUUAUCUUUAAACAUCUUAUUAGAAUUCAAAUUGAUUAAUUAUAUCGGUAAAGUAUAAUUUCCUGAACAUUAAAAAGAGAUGCACGUAUUUAAAAAUUAUUGACAAAGCAUCGACGGGCGUAUCGAUUGUAUAAUAUUAAUAGUUGCAAAUCAUAUUAAUUACAAAUGACGAAACUUUACUAUCACACUACCGAAUAUAACGUAAAGUUGAAACUAAGAAAAUGUGAAGAUAAACAUGAAAGUUUACCCAUAAAUUUCGUAAUUUUCAAUUUUUUCUACAAUUUUUAGUCAACGAUCAUACGAUUAGAACAAUAUUAUAGUUUCAUUGAAACUAAAAAUUUUCCGUGCCGAUACCCAACAUAUUUAGAACUUCAGUCGCAAAAAAAAAAGAAAAACAAAAUCUGCUCAGUAUAUACAUGAUAUGAAUGGUGAAAAAAUAGUUCUAUAAAUAUUAUAGCAAGUAAAACCGUAGGAUCCUCAAGCAUAUAAAUGUGAAUGGAUCUUUCGUACCAAGCAUGAUCCUUUUAGAAAGAGAAAGAGAGACGUAUAAAUGUGUAUAAGCAAACGAGUAUAAGUAUAAUGGAGAGAGAAAAAAAUAAAAAAAAAGAUAAUAAAAGAAGAGGCAAAGGAAAUAAAUUUUAACGACUCAUUAGGGCUUUAGGAUGUUGUAUUUAUUUAUAUCGUAUAAGCUGCUGAAAAAGAAAAAUAAUGCAAUGUGUUCUCUGCAUAUAUACGUGUACUCUGAGGAAAAACGUGACUGCUUUGGUAUGUUCGCCUUAUUAAUGAAACAUUUGAGAGAUUUAAUAAAAGUGAAGACGAUGAGUUAAGUGAAAAUGUAGAAUACAAUGCAGGAAUAUGUCAGUGUCUUACUUCGAGUCAGGUGAAAAAGCAUGAUUAUUCAAUUUAUAACGAAUACGAGAACGUGUCAAAUAUAUGAUUAUGUGAAAUUUUUUAUAAUUUGAGAUGCAAGCAUUGCUAUAAUAAUCUAUGUUUUUGGUAGUUCAAACGGGAAUUUUUUAAAACGCAAAAAAUCUGUAUAUUUGUCUUGUCUUUGUAUGAAUAUUAACUCACACCCAUACUAGGAUUUACGAGAAAGUGUUUUCCCGAACCUUUGAACUUAUAUCAAUAGUAUGUGAAAAAACUAAAGUGUGACAGAGACUAAACAGAACUUUCAAUCGACUAAAAUAGACGCGAGAGAGAAAUGCAUGUUUGUAAAGACGAUAACUCCAAGUCUUUGGUUUCUUGUUUAGCUAUACAUGGACAGCAGCAUAGACA